GUCAAAGAAAUCAUUGCGGGCCCCCGAUGGAGGUCGAAUGAAAUUGAAACAGCUGUUUUACAACUUGUCUUCUUUUCAUUCACUAAACGUGAUUCCCCCUUAAAAAAUUGCGAUAAAUUUACAUUUUUUUAACGAAAUACACCUUUUAUUUAACACCCCAACAAUCGUAAAUUUAUCCUUCUCGUUAAUUUUAGUGUCGAAAUUGUCCCUCGAAGGAGAAAAAUACAUUUUCCCCCCCAAUGUAAAUUGGGUCAAUAAGUCUCUCCUCUCUCGUGUUGAUUCGUAGCGCAGUGUUUGUGAAUUUUUUUUUCCCCCAAAAAAACGAAAAAAUUUCAAUUUUUUUGAACUUUGAAAACAAAAUGUGUUUUGACGAAGGCUAAGAAAAUAGGUUUAGCUGAAAAGUAGCGUUUUUAAAGUAAGAUAGGAAAUAAUUCAUAGAAAGAAAAUGUGAAAAUUUCCCUGCCAUAUUUUUAAGUUUUCUCAUUUUUUAUAUUAAAAAAAGAAGAGAGAAACAGAAUCGAAACAGCUGUGAUGUUAAUUAUUUUUGAGAGGGAAGAGAAUUUUAUAUAAAAAUGAUUGUUUUUUAAUAUUAAAGUAUAUUUGAGUGGCUAAGGAUUUUUUUUCGCUAAGAAACAAAUUAAGGAAGUAAAUUGUUUAUACAUUAUUAAAUAUAGAAAAAGAUUAAAAUGGCAGAAAGAUUGGGACUUGGAAGUGAGGUUCGUGAACUUAAAUUGGGACCAACUUUUACGAAUAAUAAAUCGACUGCAUUUCAUACGGUCAAAUAUGAUUUUAAACCAGCGAGCGUUGACGUUUCGAAAAUAGCGAUGGUCGAUGUGGGAACAAAUAAUACAAUGACAGUUACGGUGCCACAUUUAGACGGUGCGGGAAUUCCUCACACGGUUUUUAAAGGCUCGCAACGACCUCAUCACAAGGAAUGCGUUUUAAUAAUUGAUCACGUCACCGGCGAGAUAACAUUAGAAAAAUUAUCGUCGAAUAUCCAAGUGAAGAAAACGAGAAUUGAAUCAAAACCUCAGUCACAUUUAAAUGUUCCGGCAACGAAUUCAGGAGCUCGACCCAUAACACCAGUUGAAACGAAAAAUAAUCCCACGGAUGGAAGAAAUAAUAGCAGGACAAAAGUUUCGACUGGAAAGAAAAGAGAACCGAUUGUUCAGCUGCAUCCAAAAACGCACAGUCCGUUUAGAGCGUCGUCGAAUUAUCAUGGGAAGAGUCCUUCCAACAAUCCUGUUAUCAGUAAUUCGCCGGCUCAACCAACGUCACAAUCGACAUUGGCGAGUCUUCCAAUGAUUGGUUUCGAUAACGAUGACUUCUCGAUUCAACCGUUAGCGCCAAAGCCGCCAAUUAUUCCGUCAAAGCCAUCGCAGAAUAAUCCAAUAAAACCACCGCCAGAAUUCUCCAGAAUUGAAGGCGAUCUCAGUGUGUCGUCGUCGAGCAGCUCAAGUUCAGACAGUUCCGACAGUGAAUCGGAUAUCGAAAAUAUUCUCGUUCCACCUCGUAAUGGUCAAGUCAAUGGACUCACGUCGCCUUCGAUUUUCAAAUCGGAAAACAUGUUAAACGACGAUCUACAACUUUCAGAAUCAGAAUCUGAUAGUGAUUAAUGGAUAACGGCAUUCCGAAGUUAUAUAUAAAUUCAAAAUAUAUAUAUAUUAUAUAUAAAUAUACAUAAAAAAACAAAUACGAAAA